UGCAACUAUCAUCUCGGAUCGGGCACUGGUUGACUGGAAGUGCGAGUUAUGCACGGGUAGUGCACUGGUUGUACUGUGAUGUGUUGUCUCAACCCCUCGCGUCCCGUUACAGAUCGGUGGUUGUGUUAGUGUCAAGUGCAGUGUGACAAGUUUAUAGGACUUUCGGAUAGUCGAAUUCAAAAGGUCGGGAUGUCCGCGAGGUGACCGUGGCAGCAUGAUGGAUCUACUGCUGCUCCGCAUCAGCAAUAGCCUCAGCCCGGGCCCGGCAUCAUGCUGAAGCAUCUGAGGAGCAAUGGCGGUAUAGCACACUGCGGUCCGCGCGGUCUCAACCACUCGUACCCCGGUCCUCGAACGAACCAUAACCACAGUCACAACCACAACCACGUUCACAGUCACAGUCUGAACGUGUCGACCCUUUCGACCUCCAAGCACUCCCUGGGCGGCGGCAGUAGCGUCGGCCCACCCUCCAAGAUCGCCAAUGGGGGACUUCACAUCUCCGCUAACUACGAUGCCUUCACCACUAAUAGGUCGCCUGUGCCGCCGGCCUCGCCCCAGCAGACCCCUGAGGCCCGGAUCUCCCAGACCCCCGGAGUCCGCGAGAUGCUGACGUCACUCGGCCUGCUCUGCCUGGUCUCCCUGCUGCUGGCGCUGCUGAGUCUCAUCUUCCUGCUGCGCAUCUCCCCGGUGACUGCCGCUGACGUCAGGGAGCUCCUGCGGGUCGAGCAGCUCACUCUCAUCUCCCCCGAAGAGUAUGUGAUAGUGUACGAAGUGACGCUCGCGUUGUGUGCGCUCUCCCUCUCACUCAACUUGUGCUGCGUUCUGGUGUGUGCGGUACAGUUUCUCUUCGCCGUCAAACUCGUCAGGGACUCGCCCGGCGGCGAGAGAACAAACAAGUUCCUGAAAAAGAGUGCAAUCACCAGGGUCUGUGCUGUCGGAGGAUUCUUUGUCUCCAUUCCAGUCUUCUUAACAGGCCUUAUACUUUACACGUUCAUCCAGUUCCAUUCGAUGCCGGCAAUCGUCACCAGUAUCCUGAUUGGCAUCGGAAUUGUGUUCUGCGGCUGUGCCAUGGUCCAUAACGUAUUCGUAUGGCAGAGGGAAAAAACACAUGCAGUACGAGCUCUAGCACAUCAGCAAAGGCUACACCAUCAAUUGUCACACCUGGAGAUUCCAAAGCCAAGUGGCAGUGGCAGCCCUGGCAGUAUACCCCACGCUACCCUCGACCUCAGUAGUGCCACAACGACACCCCACGAACUGUCCACUUUAGUUUAGUGGUAUAUAUAUUCUAGGAAACAGUGACCGGUAAUAAAAUUGCAGGACUGCCUUGUGCAGUAAGGUUUAAAGAAUUAUAUUUGUUUGUACCUGGAUCUACUUAAUGAAUGCUAUUAGUGAAUAACAAGCUUAUUAUUAAAUUUAUAUACGAGUGGAAUUUUGUACUUAAAAUAGGUUUCUGACAAAAAAUUUUAGAAAAUACACAUUAAAAAAUUGAUUACAUUAUUGAAACGUUCUUUAAAUACCUUAAAUGUGUAUUCUUGGACAAAUACUAUUUUUCAAAAGCUUGUAAACCUUAAUAAAGAGUUAAUUUUAUGACAAAUUCAAUAAUCGAACACUAUUUUUUAAGAACCAAUCAAGUGAAAUAGUUUUAGAGCUUUAUAAAAUGUGCUUUUCAGCAUAAGAUUUUGAAAGAACAGAAAUGAGUAGUACAACAACCUAAAUAAAUCAAGCAAACUGGAGAUAUCAAAUUGCUUUAAAUGUUUGAAAAACGCUAUUCAACUCAUACAUUUUCUGAUUCCUUAGUAAAUUUUAUCAUUUUUAUUGACUUAUCCAAAUUAUAUUUUGGACAGUUUAUGUUGAUAGGUUAUAAAACUGUUGUUACUAUACACACAAAUAGUAUUAAAAUAGUAUUACGACUUUAUUUCAAUGUAUUUAAACAGAUCUCAAUGUUCUUGCCAAUAUUGUAUAAAUUGUUGUUUAUAGUACUAACACAUUUGUUAUACUCCUUUUUUACAUAAAAUAUAUGUUAUUGAAAUCAUCCUAGAUGUGUUUAUAAAAUAAGCACCAUUUUGGUAUAAAUAAAUAAAAUCUAUUGUAUUACAAUAAUAAAUAGUAAUAAAAGUAUUCCAUUAAUUUAAUAUCAUUAAUAUUCCCACAGCAUUGAUCACUCAAGGACCAGUUUUUGUAACUUGUUAUUAGAGUUGAGUUAUUAGAUGGUGCUUGAAUUACAUUUUCCUAGCCUCAUUGCCCGAUUUGACCGUCGAUUAGGUUAUGUUGCUUCUUGCAGAUGGCAAUCGACAUGAAGCAAGAUAAUUUCACAACAUUUUUCCAAAAACUGUGAACAUUUGUCAAUCAUCUUAAAUUCCUGCACCAACUUUCCAACCACCGAUUAUAGUAUUAUUGCCAUAAAUUUCAAAAUUUUCAUGAUUAAUGUCAGCUGGUGUCAUUUUCUUGCACUAAAAAAUCAGACGAUUGAUUACACCAUACAGUCGUCAGGAUUGUCAAUGGACUUAAGUGUUUUAAAUUGUAAAAACCGUUGAUAAAUGUAAAUUGCUGGUUCUAUAGUAGUGAUUGUGCAAAACCAAGGAGAGAGAGACAAAAAAUGCAUUGUGUAAGCGUGAAAUGGCUGUUGUAAUGCUCCUGUAACAGCAGAACGAAAUGUACUUAAUUUUUAAACAUGCCUGAUACUUAUGAUCUUUUUGAGGCAUAUACAAAUUGUAUUACAGUAUUUUUAAUACUUUGAAUUUUAAAUUAUUUUUGUGUUUAGUCUACAAAGUAAUUUACUUUAUUUGUUCUUAUAUCUCAUAAAGUUCAAAAUAUGACUAAAAUUCCUCUUUAGUCUACUUUCCCAUUUAAUCAAUUAUAUUUGUAAUAACGGUGGUAUAUGAAGAAAGAAUAUUAAUUUUGUUCACUUAUACUGUUUUUCAUUGUUUGAUAAUGAAAAUGACUAGGCAUUAAACUUGAUAUUCAAUAAUUUUGUAAAUAGAAAUAAAUUAAUUUAGGUUAUAUGAAAAUGAAUUGUUGUAAAUAUGCUUUUGUGGUUUUGUGACUAUUUAGUGAGUAUGAGGUGUACUCUCCCGUCUUGAAGAAAGACUGGUAAUGAAAAUUUCUUCUUCGAUGUAUAAAUAAUGUUAUAGAUAUCAUAAUUUUUACGGAGAUUGAUCAAUGCCAAUUUUAGAAUGAGUUAAUUGUACUUAAUUUAUAUUUGUAUAGAAUGUUAUGGUAGGCUUUAUUUUGAUGAAGUAAGUGAUAGUAAAUUUUAUUUAUUGAAAUUUAUCUUUUUAUUAUAGAGUAUUAUAAUAAGAUCAAAGUGAUUUAUUAUUAUUUGUAAAAACUAUUAAUAUAUUUGAAUAUAUAUAUUUAGAUUAUGUUGUAAUCUUAAAAAUUUCAAAAGUUCAUAAAACUUAUCCUAUACGCUAGUAAAAUGCUCAGGCUGCCCUUAAAUGUCCCCUUUUUGUUCUUGCAUCUUUUAAAUCCUCUUGACUUGGCCGAGAAAUGCUUUUAAUUUUACACUUAGUGGGCCUUGACACCUAAAACCUUGUCUGUACAAAUAAAUAUCUUGUGAUGUUUUUGUGACACAAUUUACAGAAUAUUGAUAUAAAAUAUUUAAGUUAUAAUUCUCAGUAAGGUAAGUUUUUAAUUACUUAAAUGAAAAAACUUUCACUAGCAGUCAAACUGUGUAACACCUUGUGUUAAAGUGUAUUUGGUUUUGCAGUACACACUUGACACAAAACCAACCGUUCAUAUACAAAAAAAGCAGACGUUGCCAUACAGGAAAACGUGUUUUUCGAUAAAAAUGUUAUAGAGAACACUUCUUGAAAACAGAGGAAACUCUUCUGAUAACAAAGAAAUUGUGAAAUGUCUAUUCAUUUUUUUCUUUAUCAUUAACAUUCUGCUCCAAUUCGUAGGUGAUCAUUGAGGGUCUCCUCUCAACAUUGAACAUUUUUUUUUGGCUAUAAAAGUUCUUACCCAUUUGUAUGCCACUCUAUUACUCAUAAUUUUUGUUCAUACACUUCAUGAUUCUGUCAGUGAAUUUCAAUUGCUUUCACACAACAAGAAAACAAAUAACAACACGUACUUCACAGUCAGCGGAAUUCUCAAUUCACAGGGAGCAUUUGAAAUAUGCCUUAACAGAUGUAAAAAUGAAUGAUUUUUGCCGUAACUGCGUCCGUGGCUUGCUAACAAAUGAAGAUAGACAGUUCCCAAGUGCGGAACACCGACCGUAGCGCUGCAGCUAAUGAAUUUCAAAACGGUACUUGCUUAAAAUACAUGCCUCUUUUAUGUGUGUGUAUAAAAAUUGAAGGAGAAUGUGCUUAUAUAUGUAUACAUGUUAUCUUUCAAUAUGGUCAGUUUGUUUAAUUAGGAGGGAUUCUUUUCCAUUUCGAUUACGUCUCUGAAUGCUAAUCUAAGUAGGCUAAUAUUAACAUGUAAAAUUACCAAGUGUAGUAAUGAUCAGAGAACUUCUGCACUUGCAGCUGCACAAUUCUCAUUAGUACAAAGUUAUACAAGUAUCCUUACUUUGGUAAUAAUUUUCAAUUGUAUUAUUAUUGCUGGCUUAAUAUUUGGUAAAAAACGGUUACUACUUCCUUUAAAGUUUUUCUAUUGAGGGUCCACUAUUAUUUCAAGAUAACACAGUACUUUCCAAAAAAACUAUAGUUUUGUAUUAAUUUUUUUAACCAGACUAAUGAUAAGCAAACUAAUGUGAUUAAAGGUGAUUUAUAGCCUAUUCUAAUAAGAAGUAAAAAAAUUGCUUUUUUAGUACUAUAACCAAAAAAGUCUGCAUUCCUGUUAGGCAUUAGUCUUGAAUCAAAUAGAUGUAAUUUACCAUUCAAAUCUUCAAGACUAAAAUAGGUGUGAUCUGAUAGUGUCCUAUGUAUUUAUUUUUACAAAGAGACUUUUGAGUGUCAGAUCAUAGAAGAGCAAAUAGACUCUUCAGAGCACCAGUGUUAUCACCUGGUAUCAAUAGUGAUGACAAAGUAGAUGUUUCCUGUACCUUUUGAGGGCCAUGUAACAAAUUUCAAAAUUUAUAGAGUAGUCUUGUCAGUUAGUUAAAUACGUUCAGAAUAUAAUUUAUGCCUUGUAACAGAAUACCAGAAGUGGCAUCUUAUGCAAUCUAGCAUACUAAAGCAAUAAAUUGUACAUGCAACUAUAUGAUUAAAUAAGAAAUUGGAUAUAGUUCCCUCACAAGAUUUAGGUCAUUCCUCAAAACUAAAAUAGUACUAAAAAUGCAAUUCUGUUUAUAAAGCCAAAAGGCAAUAUAACAUCCCUGAACCAUUAAAUUAUUUUAGGAUGUAAUGUACCAUUUUUAAAACAAGCCCUACUUACUGUGUAUUCUCUGUGCCUUUCAGAUCUGUUGUUGUUAUUUCUUGUUAUUGUUCAUGUUAUCUUUGACUUGUACAUACCAUAGAUGUCUAUUACCGUACAUAAACACUGUAUCAACUGUACCUCAAUAAUUAUGUAUCAUACUGAGCUGUGGUGAAAGCUUUGAUUUCCCCAAUAAAUGUUAUUUUAGUACAA